CUCUGCUCCACCCCUCUCUCCUCAUGCUGAGCCCUCCCGCGUCAUGGAGGCGCUGGUUCUUCUAGUCCUGUGGGCUCUGCUGGUGUCUGCAAAGUUUGCUGGCGACACAACACAGCCAAGUGUGAACCUGAGCUGCUACCGGUGCUUCAAAGUCACCAAGGAGACCCUGUGCACGCCCACCGAGUGCUCACCCACGGACCGGGUCUGCGUCUCGCACGCGUUGUUCAUGCAUUCGAUAAUGACGCAAGAAGAUGCAUGUCAUGCCAUUACCGGGCUUCCGGGAGAUAAGCCUGUAGUGGAAGUGCCUGUGAGCGACGCAGACACAGCUGAGAUUGUAACAGCGGGCAGGGCUGCGCCGCUCUUCCGGCCAGCGCCCCCAGCAGGAUGCCCCCCCACCUCCGUCUUCUGGUGGGCUACAUUCAAGACGCACAUGGAAGGAGGCCCAGGGUGUCCACAGUGACUGCCUUUCCCUGUGCGCAUCCCCCUGGAGGUGCCCCCUUUCCUCACCAAGAGAGAAAGAAUUUGCGGAUGGUGGGGGCAUGCUUUGACUGAAUACUUGCCCUCCCCCACCCAUUUUGUUUUUCUUGUAGCACUGUUUCCUUUGCCUGUAGCCCCACCCCAGCUUCAUGUUACAGUUUCCUGGCCUGGAAGUCAGUGGCUGGAGGUCUUAUCGGUGCCUCUGUGCUGGGGGCUGGGAGCCUGGGAGCGGGUGAAGGCUCUCUUCAGGCCCCUCACUGGCCUCCCCACCUUUGCCAGAAGCUCUCCGCCCUGAGCUCUGCAGAGGGGGAGACAGCUGCUCAAGGUCGGGCUCUGGGAGCUCCCUGAGGAGGCGUCCUGCCUCUUCCCUUCCCUCUGGUGAGCCAACCCAGAGCCUCUGAGCAGCGGUCUAUAAAGCC